GAAGUGCCGUCUUCCUGUAGCUUCCUGUUGGCUGCUCUGAGUUUACGCGUGCACGCACAUGCAUCUAUAGGCACCACGCACGCGCCGCUUGACGCAACUUUCGCAUCACGUAGCGGUGACUGCCAGUGGAAAAGAAAACUUCAUUACUCACACCCCAGGUUUCUGCAGGUUUCCAAGACUCUACUAGUGGUUUUCCUGCGUCCUCAGGGAUACAUAAAAGAAGUGUGCUGCUGCUCUCUGGGCUUCGCAGGGUCCAACGAGAAGAAGAAAUUAACAGAGGUCCUGAAUGAGCUGAAGCAUGUGAGAGAGACUCUGCCGCAGAACAGCAGGACGAUGCUGAACUCUCCACCGCACGAUAUCGAGGACUGCUGCUACCGGGCGGCCCUCCAGUGCUUCCAUGCAAACCUGAGAGUCCACUUCAAUGGCACCAGCAGAUAUCAGAAAAAACUUAACAGGAGCCUGAACAACACCUUGACUAAAAGAGGUGUGGAAUACUGUCCUUCAGGAAACAACACGGCAACUAUCUGCCACAACUGUGACUUACAACCUAAAGUGAGCAUUGAGGUAUUCUUCGACAGGCUGAAGUCUCUAAUUGAAAAGGCCUUAUCCAGACUGGGGUCGAAGUGAGAAACAGAAGAACGACGCCGACCGACACUACGCUGACAAUAUGCUAAACAUGGAAAAGUCUACAUGUUGUACUUUUUAUACUAGUAUUUAACUUAUUUAAUAUAUAUAUUUAUUGAGUUUAUUUAGAGGAGGUAAAUCCCUAGCGAAUGAAGAAUGUAUUUUCAGAACAGCUGCUUUGCCGCCACCCAGUGGACUGGACCAGGCAGUUUCUCGAUUUCACUCGACAAGUGGAAGUUGAUUCAUUAACAUGUUGAAGUUCUCAAAGAAUAAAAUGUAUACAAUGACAUUUAUACUGUGUAUGAUGGGCCUCAGUACAGACAUUAUUUUAUUGACCUAAUUUGUACAAUUUAAAAUAUAAUAAAUAA